GUUCAACGGUGACCGAACCACUCAUGGCCCGCGGUCCGCCCCAAGAUGGUUGAGCUGGCGGCUUUUGGAGUUUCAGUUCCUUUAACAGUCCGGCUAGAGGUAUAAACUGUCUAGGCAAGGCUUAGGAGACGCUCCUGGGCGAGGGUUCUUCUGCGAAGGUGCAUGGCUUUACGGGCCUCGCUAGGUUGGAAACAGGCUAUUUUAUAUUUUAGCAAGUGUCACGCCAUGCUUUUGCCAGCUUCCCAAUUAAAAGGUGACAUUCCUGCAUGAGCCUCUAUGUGUUAAAAUGUCCUUGCCACUUACAGAGGAGCAGAAGAAAAAGAUUGAAGAGAAUCGACAGAAGGCUCUGGCCCGUCGAGCUGAGAAGUUAUCAGAACAGCCCCGGAGCACAGCUUCAGGCUCCACUGUUUCCGGCCCUUCCCAGCCCCAGCGGGGACCUUUUGUGAAUCUCCCAGAGGGGCCUUCUAAGCCAGUGGGCCAUGGUGUCCCUUUCAAGCAACAGAAUCUCAGUAAUUCAUUUCCUACUGACCAGAGACCUCACAGUUCCAACCAUUCUCAGCCAAGCACACCAGAGCCGGCAAAGGGGAUAUGGAAGGUUCAAGGAGAGAGGUCUACAGCGUGCUCAAACCCUGCCCCAAGUCCUGCAAACAUCUCUAACCAACAGCCUUUGGGUUAUAAGUCAGAUCAGGGUCAUCCCCAGGCUUCUCAUAAGAUCAAGGCGACACCCAUUGCUGCCACAGCCCAGGAGCCUUGGGGACCUUUAGGACCGUGUUCCCAGGACAGAGCAGCUUCCUCCUCUGGACCAUUUCCCAAGGGUCCCGAGUUAGAGGCCAAGACAGUGAAGCCCUCCACCUCUGGGCAGAGUGCUUCGGAUACCUAUUAUGCCUUAGGGGGGAAGACACCUAGAACAGAAGGGAGACCCCCAAAGAAACUGCAAACCUCGACCCAAAAAGUAAGCUGUCUGCAAGGAACGUGCAUAAGGACGGGAGAUCGUUUUCGGGUAAAGAUUGGCUACAAUGAGGAGCUCAUUGCCGUGUUUAAGUCUCUGCCCAGCAGACGCUAUGAUCCUGUUAUGAAGACAUGGGACUUCAGCAUGACUGACUACCGAGCCUUGAUGAAUGCAGCCGAGCGACUCCCCACGGUCUCCCUGCAGCCAUUGGAAGGGGUUGAUGGCAGUGUCAGGGGACAGACCAGCCUUCCCUCGGCUCCUUCCCUUGCCUUUGUCACGGGGAGGUGCAUGCUCAUCUCCCGGGCCCGCUUUGAGGUGGACAUCGGCUACUCGGAGGAGUUGAUCGCACUCUUUAAACAGAUGGAUUCCAGGAAUUACGAUGCCAAGACCAGGAAGUGGAGCUUUCUCCUGGAGGAGCACAAUAAACUGAUUGCAAAGUCACGUGAUCUCCGACAAGUUCAGCUGGACCCUCUGCCCAAGACAGUGACCCUGGCAUUCGCAUCUCAGCUGGAGAAGACAUCUCUCAAUGCCAAAGCCGACGUGCCUGAAGCCGACCUUUCUGGAGUAGAUGCCAAGCUCGUGUCUAAUCUCAUGCCCUUUCAGAGAGAGGGCGUUAGCUUUGCCAUAUCCAAAAGAGGCCGUCUACUGCUUGCUGAUGACAUGGGCCUGGGGAAGACCAUCCAGGCCAUCUGCAUAGCAGCCUUUUACAGAAAGGAGUGGCCACUCCUGGUGGUCGUGCCUUCCUCUGUGCGCUUCACCUGGGAGCAGGCCUUUCUCCGGUGGCUGCCGUCUCUGAGCCCAGAGAACAUCAACGUGGUGGUGACCGGCAAGGGCCGCCUAACAGCUGGCUUGGUCAACAUCGUUAGCUUUGAUCUUCUUAGCAAGUUGGAAAGGCAGCUAAAAACCCCUUUCAAGGUCGUCAUUAUUGACGAAUCGCACUUCCUCAAAAACAUUAAGACUGCCCGCUGCCGAGCAGCUGUGCCUAUCCUAAAGGUUGCCAAGAGGGUGAUCCUAUUGUCUGGCACUCCAGCCAUGUCCCGGCCUGCAGAGCUCUACACGCAGAUCAUUGCUGUCAAGCCAACGUUCUUCCCUCAGUUUCACGCCUUUGGACUUCGCUACUGUGAUGCCAAGCGGCUCCCUUGGGGCUGGGACUACUCAGGCUCCUCCAACCUGGGUGAGCUGAAACUGCUGCUGGAGGAAGCAGUCAUGCUAAGGCGGCUCAAAUCUGAUGUCCUUUCCCAGCUUCCAGCCAAGCAGCGCAAGAUGGUGUUGGUCAACCCUGGUCGGAUCAGCACCAGGGCCAAGGCGGCCCUGGAUGCAGCAGCCAAAGAAAUGACCACGAACAAAACUAAACAGCAGCAGAAAGAAGCCCUCAUUGUCUUCUUCAACAGAACAGCAGAAGCUAAAAUCCCCUGUGUCAUUGAAUAUAUCCUGGACCUUCUGGAUAGUGGACGAGAGAAGUUUCUAGUGUUUGCACACCAUAAGGUGGUUCUGGAUGCAGUUGUAAAGGAGCUUGAAAGGAAGAAAGUUCAGAACAUCCGAAUUGACGGCUCCACACCCUCAGCAGACCGUGAGGAUCUGUGCCAGCAGUUCCAGCUGUCCAAAGGGCACACAGUGGCAGUGCUGUCCAUCACCGCCGCCAAUAUGGGCCUUACCUUCUCCUCAGCUGAUCUGGUGGUGUUUGCUGAACUGUUUUGGAACCCCGGGGUGCUGAUCCAGGCCGAGGACCGCGUGCACCGCAUUGGACAGACAAGCUCUGUGGGCAUUCACUACCUGGUGGCCAAAGGCACAGCAGAUGACUACCUUUGGCCUCUGAUUCAAGAAAAGAUUAAAGUUCUGGGGGAAGCUGGACUUUCUGAGACCAAUUUCUCAGAAAUGACAGAAGCUACUGAUUAUCUCUACAAGGACCCGAAGCAGAAGACAAUCUAUGACCUGUUCCAGCAGUCCUUUGAAGAAGAUGGAAAUGACAUGGAAUUCCUGGAGGCAGCAGAGUCCUUUGACCCAGGAAGUACUUCAGGGACCUCUGGAAGUAGUUCCCAGGAUCUGGGAGACAUCUUGGAUGAAGACACUUUGACAGACAGUCCUCCACAGAAAAGAAGAUUUGAAUUUUUUGAUAAUUGGGACAGCUUUACUUCUCCCUUUUAAAUGGGUCAAAGAAAAGAAAAAAAAAGGAAGUAUUCAAAAAUCAUGGGAUUCAUUAAAAUAAAGUAUUUUCUUUAAAA